AUGGUUUGGAACGAGUGGUGGCCUCACGACCCAGUGCCUAAGUCACGAGUUACAGAUCCAUACGUAGUGAGACCGACGCCUCAGCAGGUACAAACUAUCCCUGGUGUGACGGUUCGCAUAAAGGAACAAGUAAGUUGCCGAGCAACUAGUCAAUGUGUGUUUGUAAACGAACCACCGGAUCACAAGAUUAAAAUAACAAUUUAUGUAGAGUUUAAGCCUGUGAUGUACGUCCCACAGAGUAAAAGCAAAGCGCUGCUGUGCGGAUGUAAAUUUUCGGGAAAUAGACCCCUGUGUGACGGCUCGCACCUGUGGGUCAAGGCGCGCAGAAGCAUGGCGAAAGCAGCAGUUGGCACAUUCGGGUUCUUCUUCACGAUGGGAGUGUUCACGACCUGGAUUUUCCACCCAUAA